UCGCGUGCAUACGGCUCAUAAUUAUCCGUUCACGGACGCGCGAGCGGUCUACCGCGAUUACCAACGACUACGAUCACGGACGUUAUCAGUGAAAAAAAUUCCGAAACCCCUAAACGAAUAACCAUAAUAAAAUAACAAUAAUAAUCGAAACCACGGGCCGUCUAACAUCCGAAUCUAAAACUACAACAGACACGGCGAUAAUAGUACAUCGUGCUGAAAUCCACUGGUGUUGAUCGUUAUGUACUAACUCCACAAAAAAUUUAAAAAAUAUAAAUUCGUUUUGGAAUCAGACUUAAAAAAAAAAAAAAACAAUAGUCUUCCACCGUGUGCCACAACCCACAAGACCCCACCGGUAUAUAAGCGCCACUCGAACCUCCGAAUCGCUCAGCAGGAAGUCGUCUCGCCGUCUGAAACCCGCUGCCGUAGCAUCUGAUCGUGAAAACGGAAAAUCCGACCAAUUGUGAUCUACGCACCGGAUCGACGACGGCAUCAUGGACGGUUCUUGGUGGAAUUCGCGAGAAAAACUGAUACAGGUGAUGUCUAGACGUAAAAGUGAUGAUGACGUACUGAUUGACCAACCGGGCAAGGAGAAAUUAGCCAGAGUCCUCAAUCUGGUAGAUCUGACGGCACUUGGCGUAGGAUCAACGUUGGGUGUAGGCGUGUACGUGCUCGCCGGAGCCGUAGCUAAAACGGACGCCGGUCCGGCGGUCGUGCUAUCGUUCAUUUUGGCUGCCUUUGCGUCAGCUUUUGCAGGUCUGUGUUAUGCUGAAUUCGCAGCGCGAGUGCCAAAAGCCGGGUCGGCUUACGUUUACAGUUACGUCGGCGUUGGCGAAUUCGUCGCGUUCGUGAUCGGAUGGAAUCUGAUACUCGAAUACGUCAUUGGCACUGCAAGUGUGGCCAAAGGUUUAAGUAACUACAUUGAUGCUCUAUUAGAGUAUCCCAUGAAAAGAACAAUGACCGAACUUUUUCCUAUGAAUGUCAGUUUUUUGUCCGAGUUUCCAGACUUUUUGUCGUUUAGCGUUGUGUUACUAUUAUCAAUCUUACUGUCAUGGGGAGUUCGCGAAUCCACUAUGAUCAACAACAUAUUUACAGUCGUUAAUUUAUUAACCGUGGCCACUGUCGUUAUAACUGGAUUAUUCAAAGUUAAUUUAUACAAUUGGAACAUACCAAAACAAGAUAUCCCGAAGAACGUGAAGGGCGGCGAAGGAGGUUUCAUGCCUUUUGGGUGGGCCGGAGUGACUGCGGGGGCAGCAAAAUGUUUUUACGGAUUCAUCGGAUUCGACACAGUAGCUACAACGGGAGAAGAAGCGAAAAAACCGAAACGGGACAUCCCAUUGGCCAUCAUAUUGUCGUUAACCAUCAUAACGUUUGCAUACUGCUGUAUCAGUUCGGUGUUAACUCUAAUGUGGCCAUAUUAUAAUCAGGACGCUGACGCGCCGUUCCCCUACGUCUAUGAUCAUCUCGGCUGGACAACAGUGAAAUGGAUUGUUUCUUCAGGUGCUAUUUUUGCUCUGUUCACCAGUCUAAUAGGUACUAUGUUCCCAUUGCCGAGGAUUUUAUACGCCAUGUCCUGCGACGGUCUCCUGUUCAGUAUGUUUUCUGACAUUCACCCAAAGUAUCAGACACCUGUGUUAGCCACUUUGCUGUCAGGUUUUCUGGCGGGAGCUAUGUCAGCGAUUUUCAACUUGGAACAGCUGAUCGAUAUGAUGUCAAUCGGCACGUUAUUAGCAUAUUCGAUCGUGUGCAUUUGCGUGUUAAUAUUAAGGUAUAGAAAUGACUCAGACGUAGAGUUUGUAAUUAAAGGUAAUGACGAAUCGGAGACCAGCAGUUUUACGGAGACGAUCGUCAAGACCGUGGUAAAGUAUUUUAACCUGUCCAACAUCAAAUACGCCAAUGAAGAAACCGAGAGUGUGGCCACGAUCAUCACGAUGUUGUUUAUUUGCACGUCUGCGCUGUUUUGCUUCAUUACUGUCCAACAAGAGAGUAUUGAGAAUAGUAGUGACUUCGCGGCAUACACAUGUGCUAUUUUAGCCAUUGGGCUAUUGAUUCAGUUGCUAUUACUCGCCAGACAACCACAAUCGACCAAAGAACUUUCGUUUAAGGUCCCGCUGGUCCCGCUUAUACCGUGCUUGAGUAUCUUGUUAAACGUUUACUUGAUGAUGAAACUCGACAUACACACCUGGAUUCGUUUCGGCAUUUGGCUGCUGAUUGGGCUGUUUAUAUACGUAUUGUACGGCAUGAAGCACAGUGUCGAGGGACGGAAACAGAUGGAAGAGCCGGAAAAGAGACGGUCAAACGCCACAGCGGUGCAUCCGAUUUCAACUAUCAAGUUAUAGAACACUUUUUAAGUGUAUAUGUACAAUGGCGAUGAGGUAUCCAUCAGAAUAUUAACAUUCCUUUUCAAAUAAAAAUAAAAUCGACUGUCGUGCGAACAAUGCCACUUUUCAAAACGCAUUGCGCACGGCGACUAUCCUUCGCAAAAUAUUUACACAUACCAGUAUUAUGAUGAAAUAUACAUCUUAUAGACAAUAUAUUAUAUUAUGUGAUAAUAUA